AUGGAGAGGCUUAACUGCACGGAACUAAAGCUGCUUAGACGGCUAUUUGGCUACUUUUGGCCUACGGUAUACCACAAUGAAGAUCUUUGCGCAGAAAUUGAUGUGGCUUACUGGCAGAUGACACAUGGAAGAUAUCAACAUCUUGUAGCACCAUCGAAAGCGACUAAAGUAAAUCGUCUUCGCUUCUUUGGGCAUAUAUUAAGGAGACCGGCAGACCAACGGGUUCUGAAGAGUUCGUCGGGUUCAAGCUGGAAGAAGCCACCUGGCCGAAAACGGAAGUUCUGGACUGAGGUGGUGAAAGAGGACCUGAGGACACUCGGCGUGGAUAGGCAGUUCAGGCGAGACGUAAGGUUUCGCAGAGUAUGGAAUAGCGACAAAUGGAUUGAUCCUGUGCAAGCUCUCUCAGAAGAUCGAGAAGGUUGGGCAGAGCUGUGUUCAAGGACGGCACACCUCGGCGAAGAUACGGGUAGUCACGUCAGGCGAUGA